GUGGGUGUAGUCACGCCGCACAGGAUGAUGGUUCAUCGUCCAUCAUGGAGGCGAUAUUUCACGAGAAACAAGAAGGAUCCCUCUGCGCUCAGCAUUGCCUCAACAAUUUGUUGCAGGGAGAGUACUUCAGCCCUAUAGACCUCUCUACAAUUGCACAACAGUUGGAUGAAGAAGAGCGAGAAAGAAUGGCAGAGGGAGGAACUGCCACAGAAGAAUACAGAAUAUUUUUACAGCAACCUUCAGGGAACAUGGAUGAUAGUGGAUUCUUUUCUAUUCAAGUGAUUAGUACUGCCUUGAGUGUAUGGGGUUUAGAGAUUACCCUCUUCAACAGUCCAGAAUAUCAACGAUUAAGGAUUGAUCCAGUAAUUGAAAGAGCAUUUAUUUGCAACUACAAAGAACAUUGGUUUACAGUACGAAAAAUAGGAAAGCAGUGGUUUAACCUAAAUUCUUUAUUGACGGGACCAGAGUUGAUCUCCGACACUUACCUUGCCCUCUUCUUGGCACAGUUACAACAAGAAGGUUACUCGAUAUUUGUAGUAAGAGGAGAACUGCCAGAAUGUGACGCUGAUGAGAUACUCAAAAGCUUGAGAGUGGUGCAACGAGACAGACCAAAGCUAAUUGGAGAGGAUGCAAAUCAGCGAACAGAAAUUGGUCAGAGGGUACAGAGCAAUGACUGGGAACGAGCAAUUGAUAUGUCUAAAUCGAUUACAAAUGUUCUGGAUGAAGAUGAUGAAAAUCUGCAGCGGGCAUUGACAUUAAGCCGCCAACACAUGGAGACAGAAGAUGAAGAAGCAGAUCUACGGAGAGCAAUUCAUCUCAGCAUGCAAGGUUUUAAACAAGGAACAGAAAAUUCUGAAAUGACCUCAUCUUGGAAUGAUGUUGCGCAGUCUUCAAGAACAAAUCAAACUGAAACUCCAACAGCAGAGGAGCUGCGAAGACAUAGACAAGCAUACUUUGAGAGAAAGCAGCAAGUACAAUCACAAGUUUCAGAUCAUCCAGAAGAAAAAAGCUGUUCAACGCUGAAGACAAAUUCAGCUGACAUGACUGAACAAGAGCCGCCUCAAGCAGAUGUGCUGAAGUUGUUAGAAGCUGAUGCCACUGAUGAUUCAAAAGGGGAAGGAAGUUAAUAUGAAAAUGAAUGUACCAGCAAUAACUGUGUUCCCAUUGCUGUUCUGCAUGUACUGCAUUCCACCUGUAUUUCAGCCACAAAGAUAUAUAUGUUAAGAGAGAGAGAAAAAGACUAUGUGCACUCUUUAUGCAAAGAAUGUUUGUGGUUGUCUUAUGGGAUAAUCUGUAGUUAAAAGAAAAUACAAGAUUUCUUGUUUCUGAACUUCAGUUGUAGCACCUUAUCUUCUGAAAAGCCCUCUUCAUGCACAGUCUAAUUAAGCAAAUUACAGAGAAGAAAGUCAAGAUUUCAUACCCAUUUUAAAAAAAAAUGUUUUUGGUAUUUUCUGAUUUACCAAUGAUGGGACCUAAAAAGGCAAGUACUGAAGUGCUUACUUUUUGUAAACAUACUUUAAUCUUCUUAACUACAGCCUAUAUUCAAAUCAGGUUCACUUUAAACUUUGAAUGCAUCCAGAGAGAUGAUAUGCAACAAGUACUUGAGUUUUGUGGCAUUUAUGACGCUUCAAAGUUUGUAGAGCUGUUUUUAUCAUUGAAUUUUGACCUUGUCUUGGUGUUUAAUUGUUCUAACACAAAGUUCCUGUUAUGUUGAAUGUAUAGUGCAGAGCCAUGCAGAAUUUUUUUGAAGUCUUUAGUACUUGAACCUGUUCAUUUCACUUUGAGAAGAUCAUACCAGAGAACAUAAAUGUAUAAAAUGGAGUUCCAAGAAUUAGGGAAACCUGCACUCAAGUAGUGUGCGGUGUGAGGUCAGCUUGAUAUUUUAAAGCAGAUCGUGGGUUCAUGUCAUAAUUUUCAUUGGGAAAUGUAAAAGAGCAAAUGCUAGCUGUAUGUACUUUACUGAUAGUGUGCUGUAAUCCUUAUUGCAUAAUAUAAACACAAAAUUGCUGCGUGUUGAGAAUUUUUUUGUUGCUUACACUACAUAGUAAUGUCUGUUUGAAGUUCGUGUUAGGAUGGACCAAGAUAAAACGAGAUAACCGGUUACAGUCUGUGUCCUUUCUUUGGCAUGCUUUAAAAGUCUUAACCUUCAGAUGAAAGUGGUUAUUUGUCCAUAGCUCUAACAUAGGCCUUCUGAGUAUUACUGUAAUUCCUGCAGCUUAGUAACUAUAGCAUAGGACUGAAGAGUGAGGGUUCCAAGUCUGCACUGGCAGAUUUUAAAGUUUCAUUCAAUAAGUCAAAUAAUAAGUGAGAAUGAAGAAUGUUGGAUAGGGUGAAUAGCCAAAGUCUUUUUUCCGGGGUGGAGGAGUCCAAAACUAGAGGACAUAGGCUUAAGGUGAGAAGGGAAAAAUUUAGAUAGGCUCUGAGGGGUAACUUAUUCAUGCAAAGGAUGGUAAUUGUAUGGAACGAGCUGCCAAAGGAAAUGAUGGAGGCUGGUACAAUUACGGCAUUGAAAAGGCAUUUGGAUGGGUAUAUGAAUAGUAAGGGUUUAGAGGGAUGUGGACUGAAUGCUCGCAAACGGAACUAGGUCAGAUUGGGAUGCCUUUUCAGCAUGGAUGAGUUGGACCAAAGGGUCUUUUCCUGUGCCGUAUGACUGUAUAACUGACCAUAACAUUGCUGUCAUUAAAAAAAAGUCGUCCAUUAAUGUAAUUUUGGGUAAUCAAGCUACCUUCCUCCAGUCCUCGGCGCUUACUACUUUCAAGGCAAGGAGGGUGAGUAAUAAAUGCAGGCUUAUCUUUGCUGCCCAUACCCAAGAACAUAUGUUAACUUGUUAGAUACAUUAUUUUUAAUUUAGUACAAAUUUGAGGAAAAAAUGACAGCACUUUUAUUGUGUGCCUUUAUUUCUCUCUUUGCUCAAACAUUUUGACUUAAGUAUGACAAAAAAAGAUUUUUUUUUGUCCAGUCAUUGUCUUAUACUCAUCAGGACAAUUCACAAGUGUACCCAUUCAAAAGGAAAACUAACAUUUAUGUAGCAGGCAAGGAGAGUGCUGAUGCAUUGGUACUGACUGUAAUUGGUAGAGGCAUUGGCAUAAGGCAUGCUCUUAUUAAUUUUGUGACAGCCAUUCGCUCUACUGUCUUGACCAAUGCCCUGCCCUGAGUCAACCUCCCUAGCUUAAAAAUUAGUAUUCUUGCAAAAUAUCCUGGUGAGUGUAAGAUGAAAAGCUUUAACAAAAUUUUUUGUGAAUUACUCAAGUUUGGUACUACCAAACUAUUUUCACUUAACCUGGAUGACGAUUUCGCAGCUCUUAGCAACCAUUUCACAGUUCUUAACAACCAUUCAGCACCAUAGUUUGAAUGGUAUUCUUCACACACACAUCCAAACAGUGCAUGUUGGCAAGCUAUUCUAACAUGGGGGGAAGGGGUGCUGAGGCAAGGUGACAGUGUGAAAUCAUAGCUGACUGAAAUAUCUGCAUUAAAAGAAACACUCCUUUGAACAGAAAUCUCUGAUUAGGCUCAGGAGGGACCACCUCCUUUUGCUGUCUUCAGUUAUCUAAUUUGGAAACACUGAGACCAAUUUGAUCAGUAAACUCAUCUUAAUUUAGAUGGCAAAAACCAGGAUUGGAAUGUCAAAGCUUCCUCCUUUAUGCUGGAGUGCCAUAUCUUGCAGUACCUUUGACUGUUGGAUCACCAGGAAGAUUAGUACUUUCACUUCACGCAAGAGACAAAUUUGUCAGACAAUUCCGUAAAAUAAUGUCUUGACUAGAUUCAGUCCUUGGACUGAGAAGAGUAAUCUGAUCUCAGUUGGUUUGACAGUGGGCAUAGUCAUUGAUCUCCGAGUACCUAAAGUAUUAGAAGGAAAAAGCAAGCCAAUUCCAGUUUGGUUUCUGACAAAACAGCCUGUUGAUGCCAAAGUGUCUCUGCUUAUGGGAACAAUAGAUUCUUAUGUACGGAAUGAGAAGGUGACUGAUGCCGGUGGGUCCUUACCUCAGUUAUAGUUAAUGCUUUGAAGAGAGGAAAGCAUUGAGUAGAAAAUGAAAACCAGGCCUUGUCUCUGUUUGCAACUCCAUACAUUUUUAACAAUGUUGCCUCCAACCUUUUGCAUAAUUUGAAACUACAAUAGUCUUUGGUAUUUUAUUUUUUAGAAAAAGUUGUGGCAGUGUUUUAAAUAUUUCCUAUAACUGUUGCAACACUCUUAUGUGGUAUUUACUUAAGUAUGAAUUUUAUAUUCCUGUCUUAAAACUUGUCUGCAGAAAUAAUAUCUCAGCUUCUUUAAAAUAGUAAAGAACUUUGUAAGAAAAGAGAGUCACUUACUAUCUUGUUUCACUUUACCAAGGAGGCAGAUGACGUAAAAUAUGAUUAAUUGUGCUUUGCAAUGUUUUUGCGUGUGCACACUGGAGAUAAGAUGUGUUGGUCUCUAAAAUAGUAUCCAUGUCACUGUGUAUCAAAUAAAGUUGCAUUUUUGGAACCGAA